CCGGGUAGUUUUCUGGGGAAGACGACUAGCCCGCCAAUUUUAAAGAACAACAUAAACAAUGUUGUCCGUCCGUCUCUGAUUCUGUGACGUGAACAACGUAUAAAUAGAUUUUUAACGAUUAAUUCUUCGUAGACAACGAUGCAAACUACUGGAAAAGGCUUUGGAGAUUCAACCCUCCUUGCUGCAAGUGGCGACAGUGAUUCAAUUAAAGUAUUUGUCCGAGUGCGACCUCUGACCCAGGGAACAGGGCUGACCACAGAUGGAGAUCAGAAUCUGUGUCUCUCUGUUACCUCCCCACACACCGUCCGUCUGCUCUCCAAACCAGAACCACGAACCUUCACCUACGAUCAUGUUGCUGACAUGGAGACAUCUCAGGAGUCUGUAUUCAACAGUGUGGCCAAGAAUAUUGUUGAGUCCUGCAUGAAUGGAUAUAAUGGUACCAUAUUUGCUUAUGGACAAACAGGCUCUGGAAAAACGUUUACAAUGCUUGGACCGUCUGAGUUUGAUAACUUCACAGAUGAAUUCAGGGGGGUAAUUCCACGAAGUUUUGAGUACUUGUUUUUUCUCAUCAACCGAGAAGUGGAGAAGUCUUCCAAGUCCAAGAGCUUCCUUUGCAAAUGUUCAUUUAUUGAAAUUUACAACGAACAAAUCUAUGAUCUUCUGGACACAGCUUCGGCAAGCCUUUUCCUGAGGGAGAACAUUAAGAAAGGUGUGUUUGUUGAAGGAGCUGUGGAGAAGUUUGUGAACUCAGCAGCUGAAGCCUACAAGGUGCUGUCUAUGGGCUGGCGUAAUCGGCGUGUGGCCUCCACCUCCAUGAACCGCGAGUCCUCAAGAUCUCACGCUGUGUUCAGCAUGACUUUGGAGUCCAAAGAAUCUGUCAAUGAGGUGGUGAACAUCCGAAUGUCUCAGCUGAAUCUUGUGGAUCUGGCAGGAUCCGAGAGACAGAAAGACACACACACGGAGGGAUCGAGACUCAAGGAAGCCAGCAGCAUCAAUCGCUCCCUCAUGUGCCUGGGCCAGGUGAUCAUGGCGCUGGUGGAUGUGUCUAAUGGAAAGCACCGCCACAUUUGCUACAGGGAUUCUAAACUCACCUUCCUGCUCCGGGACUCUCUCGGAGGAAAUGCUAAGACCUACAUCAUAGCUAAUGUCCACCCUGGUUCAAAGUGUUUUGGAGAAACGUUGUCUACCUUGCAGUUUGCUCAGAGAGCCAAGCUGAUCAAAAACAAGGCUGUCAUUAACGAGGACACACAGGGAAAUGUGAAGCAGUUGCAAGCUGAAGUGAGGAAACUGAAAGAUCAGCUUGCGCAGGCGUUGUCUUUUCACCGAGUGGACUCUGAUAGAGACGCAGCACCAGGGGGAUCUGAACCCUGCAUGGGUCCAUCAGCUGAACUUCAACAUGAUGUUUCGUAUAAAGCAAAGUUAAUGUCUGCCGUUCGUCUGUGGAGGAAGCAAGAGGAUGAGAAGAAGAUGCUGCUGAAGAAGGUGGCGCAACUGGAAGAAGCCUGGACGCAGAAAGACAAGUUCAUCCACUCCAGCAGGAUGAUCAUCAGGUUUCGAGAAGAACACAUUUCCCGCCUAGAGAAAAAGCUGAAGGCAGGACAAUGCUUGUUGUCGGACGUAGAGUCUCAGGCUUUGAUAGAGCAGCUGAAAAAAGAGAUCAAGAUCUUGAGCGAUCAGGUUGAUCAUCAUCCUAAGAUGACUCGAUAUGCAGCAGAAAACUACAGCCUCAGAGAGGAGAACCGUAUGCUACGUUCUCUUGAAUCCGUGAUGAACGCUGAAGAUGUUUGUGCCCAAGUUUCCGCUGAGCUGGAGGAGGCCUUCCAGAUGGCACUGGAGUCAGAAAAACUCACAGGAACUUGCACAACCAUGUCAUCUGCACUGGGAACUGACGCUGAUUCUACAGCUACGAUCGAAAAGCUGAAUUCAAAACUGCUUCAGAAACAGUCCGACUUCACGGCUGCCCUCCAGGCUUUUGAGGAGUACAAAGAAGUUUCAAAGAAACAGUUAUCCCAACUGGCGUCCGAGAAAAGAUACCUUGAAAAGUCCAACAAGCAUUUGGAAAAUAUUUUAGAAGCCACGCAUGCUUGUAAAAAUCAAGAAGUCUCUGAGCUGAACAGGAUUCACGUUGAAACUCUAAAGAUUCUCUCUACGCCCACCAAAUCCUACAACCUGCGCUCCCGCCUUGUGCCGCUCUCCAGUCCACAACAUCUGAACGGGAAUGACGAGGCUGACAUUUGGUCGGAGGAGCCCCCAUCUGACAUGACUGAGAUGGCCCUGACAGAAGAGCUGCAUCAAAUUCAGGAGCAAGCGAGUUGUGUCCAAACACGUUUAGAUGAAGUGGAGUUGAAGAACAGCAAGCUGCUGCAGCAGAUUGCAAAACUCGAGGAGCAGAUCGCCAUGAAAUCCCAAGAAUGUGACCACAAAGAGGAGCUGCUUUCUGCCGAACGAGCUAACAGAAACAAAGAUCAGCUCAACUUCCAAGAAAAGAUGAGCGGCCUGCAGGAGAAGCUUGAGUCUGAACAGCGAGCUGCAGAAGUUCUGAAGAGCGAAAUCCAUGAUCUGCGCUUGCUGCUGCAGUCGUCAGACAAAGAGCUGGCGUCUGUGAAAAACCAGUUAAAAGACGAUCAAAGUGAACAUCAGCAAGAAGCGAGUCAGCUCUCCAACAGUCUGAUCAGCACUCAGCUCCAACUGGACAAAGUCCAGCUGGAGUGGGAACAACUUCUGGAACAAAACCGAACCCUGCAGGAUUCCUUCGACCAGCUCCAAGCCGAAGCCAAGUUUGAUGCCGACCAGGCCGGUCAGCAGCUGUGUGACAAGCAGCAGGAGAUAGAACAGCUGAAAGCAGAUAUACAGAAUUUGAAUCAUUCUCUGCAAGCUGAGCGAGAGCGCACAAGCAGUCUGAUUUCCCAGUUAAGAGAAAACAAAGAAAGCACUUCGAAAGAGCUUCUAGAAACCAUGGAUCAGAACGCACAGCUCAGAAAACAAGUUUCAGACAUGACAGCACAAAAUCAUCAGCAGUCAACCAAACUCACCGAACUUGAGCAGAGUCUAACCGCUGCCAGUGAAACGAUAACAAGCUUGGAACAGAAGAUUAAACAGGAUAAGGAUGUUCUUUUAGACCUCAUGAACCAAACCAAAGACCUUCGUAGUGAGCUGAGCCAGAAGGAGGAGACCAUUAUCCACCUGAGUGAUGACAUCAGAGACACGAUGGCUAAAUAUGAUGCUGCCUGCAGUGAGAGAGAAAACACCAGGGAGCAAAACCAAAAGAUUCAGACAGAAAUCUGUGAACUGAAGGAAACUUUAGAGAGAAAAAUGACCUCUAACAAGAUUGAGGUGGAGGUGCUGCAGGAGGAGGUCGCGUACGCCACCGAAGAGGUUGACAGGCUGACUAAGGUCUUAGGUGAGCAGAACAUCCUCCUCCAAACAUCUCAGGAGCAAACGGCUAAGAAGGAGGCCAUCAUAAGGAGCCUACAGCAGAAGGUGCAACAACAACAAGAAGCUGUUGAGAAAACCAUCAGAAAUGGAGAUUUUAAACCCCCUGAGAGUACCGUCACACCUAAAUCCCUGGAUCGGACUCCUCGUGGUUUCGGCAGCUUCAACAGAAACCUGAACGACUUGUUGGAGAGCCAGGAGCAGGAGCUGGAGAGCCGACGCUCCUCCAUGAUGAGCAUGGAGAUUCUUCUGGCAGAGCUGAACGCGGAGAGGGCCGCAAAGAACGAGGAAAUCCACAGGCUGAAGACGGAGCUGGCUGACAAGGAGGUUGUCCAGAUGGAGAUCCAGGGUUUACUAGACACGUUUUACACCAAACAGAGUCAGCUCACAGAGCCCAGGAAUAACAGCAAUACUAGUAAAAGUGAGCUUCAUGAAGCCAUAAAUCAGACUUUGGUGCAAGAUCUGCAUGAGGAACGGUCUGAGAAGAACAAAAUAAUGCAGAAACUGUUUGAGACUCAGAAGAGGCUGCAGGAGCAGGAAACCACUCUGGCCAAGUCCCAGACCUGUGUUCAUGAGCUGACCACUGAGCUAAGGAACCGCUGUCUGGAGCUACGAGAGAUCAACCAGAGGAUUUAUGAUGAGGAGAAACUACUCCAGGAGAAUGAGAUGCUCCGUCAGCAGAAUCUAAAGCUUUCUGAGGAGAACGGGAAACUUGUUGGACACAAGAACCACAAACAGAGGAUUGAAUAUCUGGUUAAGCUGAAAAAGGAAAACACCAGACUUGAAGGAGAAAACGAGAAGCUCAGAGCAGAAAUUAGCCUAAUGCGGGAGAGCUCUGUAUGCUCACCGAUGGAGACCAUGUAAACCUCAAGUGGGACUGAACUCUUGGCAAGAAACCAAUUUUUAUUUUUCAUAGUUUUUGAUAUAAAGACAUAUUUUCAUAUUUGAUUUUUGUUCUGUCUUUUUCAUGUAAAUUAAAUGUUACUGGUGAAUAAACUGUUGAUGAUGGUA